UGUUCCUUAUCUGCCCUUGUCAGGAGGCUGGAACCCUGGCUGUCUUGUUCUCAGCUAUAGCCCCAGUACCUGGGACUGUCCCAGACACACAGUGGCCGUCCCCUGAACCAAAACCCUCCGAGGAGACAGCGGCAGGAGCGCACGGUCUACACUCGCAGCCAGCAGGAAGAGCUGGAAGCUUGCUUUCGGGAAAAGCAGUACCUGACCUUUGACGAGCGACAGGAGCUGGCGCAGAAACUCAACCUCAGGGAGCACCAGCUGCAGGUGUGGUUCAAGAAUCGGCGCGCCAAAGCAGCCCGGGAGCAGCUCAAGAAGCAUCCCCAGAGCGGCCCAGCGCGAAGAGGCCGCAGAGCCGGCGCUGCGCCCCCAGUCCCUGCAACCGCUGCCUCUGCCCCUGGGGGUCCUGAGUUCCCGCAGGGCUGCGAUUCCUGGAUGUCCCCUCAGCCGGGCCCCUCGGGAAUCCUCCCAGCAGCAAACUCCACGACCUACAGCCUCCACCAGGCCUGGGGUGGUCCUGAGCGUGGUGCACACGGUGGCUUCCUGGCUGCCCUGGGUCCAGGCCCUGGCGCGAUCCCAGCCCCACUCCUUGGCCCAGUCUCAGCCCCAGAUCAGAUCCCAGACUGGAUGCCAGGCCACAGCCCAGACCCAGCCCAGAUCCCAGGCCCGGGUCCCAUCUUUAGCUCUGGCCAGAUGCCAAGCCUAGGCUCACUCCUAGGCCCAGCCCCCAUUCUAGGCCAAAGCCCAGGAUCACUCCUAGACCCAAUCCCAAGAUCACUUCCAAGCCCAAUCCCAGGCCCAGGAUCGCUCCCAGCCCCAAACCCAGGCCCAGGAUCGCUCCCAGCCCCAAACCCAGGCCCAGGAUCGCUCCCAGCCCCAAUCCCAAUCCCAGGCCCAGGAUCCCUCCCAGCCCCAAUCUCAGGCCCAGGAUCGCUCCCAGCCCCAAUCUCAGGCCCAGGAUCGCUCCCAGCCCCAAUCCCAGGCCCAGGAUCAUGCCCAGCCCCAAUCUCAGGCCCAGGAUCGCUCCCAGCCCCAAUCCCAGGCCCAGGAUCGCUCCCAGCCCCAAUCCCAGGCCCAGGAUCAUGCCCAGCCCCAAUCUCAGGCCCAGGAUCGCUCCCAGCCCCAAUCCCAGGCCCAGGAUCGCUCCCAGCCCCAAUCCCAGGCCCAGGAUCGCUCCCAGCCCCAAUCCCAGGCCCAGGAUCGCUCCCAGCCCCAAUCCCAGGCCCAGGAUCAUGCCCAGCCCCAAUCUCAGGCCCAGGAUGGCUCCCAGCCCCAAUCCCAGGCCCAGGAUCACUGCCAAGCCCAAUCCCAGGACCAGGAUCACUCCCAGCCCCAGGCCUUGUGUGGCCUCAGAGCCCCUAGACCUCCAGAUUCUCGCCAGACACUCCAUUAUUGCCUGACUUCACGGAGCUGCUCACACCUCUAGACCCCUUGGAGGGAUCCUCAGUCUCCACCAUGACAUCUCAAUGCCAAGAAGGGGAUGACUCGAACAGAGAAGGCUCAGGGUAUCAGCAUCAAGAGGAUGGCUCUGUGAAUGAAAACUACUCAGGCCCCAGGUCAUUACUGGAUGUAUAG